AUGUUCAAUCGAGGCAGAAUACAAUGGGUGUUCCGAUUUCAAUUUCUGACUUCUGCCCUUAUCGAUCAAGCCUUGAGAAGAAAAUCCGGCCAGCUUGGUGCUCCAAAAUCCGGCAUAAGAGUGAAAAAGCUUGAGAUUCAUGGAAGAGUUGGAAUGGUCAUUCAUGCGAUUCUUGAGAAAUAUGAUUGUGAUUUAUCUUCUCAGAACCACGAAUUCAAAGUGUUCGAUUUUUGCACGAAAAGUAUCCAUUGUGUGAAAGAGUUUCUAGUUCAGUACUACAAAGAUUAUGAUGCAGGCAAUUGCCAAAUGAACCAACAAGAAAAGUCGAUGCAACCAGAAGCUGAUAGAAAUAUAAAGCAAUCUGCUAAGAUCCCCCUUGCAAUGCAGAGGGUAAGAACUGGAUUGAUGAAAUUGAAGGACGUUAUAGGAUAUUUUGAUCAUCCGAUUGAAGAUGCGGCCAGGAAAUUGAAUGUAUGCCCCACGGUGAUGAAGAAGAUAUGCCGCAGGGACGGUUUGCCAAGGUGGCCUUACAGAAAGGUUAAAAGUAUCAAGAAGAAAAUAUUGGAGAAAAACGAGAUUUUAACUUGUGCGAGAGGUGAUGAAGAAAGAGAACAGGCUGAGGCAGAUAUACACAAGUUUCAACAAGAACUAGCUAAGAUUUAUGGCAUUCAUUCAUAG